AUGGCAAGGCUUGAUCCUUCGAAUUUUUUGCAAAGACAAUCACAUUUUGUUCAUCAGCCUCACACUUCAACCUUCGUACCAGCCUCUUUACCUUCACCAGGUUCAGCAGCUUCGUCUAGACCAUCAUCAAGUUUUUCUAAUUCUCAGUACUUUGUACAACCCACCAAUUUGUCACAGAGUAUUACAACACAUCAACAAUCAGAGCAUUCAUCCACACCAUCACAUAUUUAUGACACUGCUCAAUCAUACCUUUCGAAUUUUACAGACUCUACAGAAAUAAUACGCGCAGAUGCUCCCACAGUCUCGGUUCCCCCGGUUCGGCUUGGCUGCGCUGCUCAUUCUUCGCUCAGCAGCCGUUCGAUAUGGAGGUUACCACUGUUGAUCCCGCCAAGUGGAGAUUCAUUCCGCAGUUCAUUUCUUGCAUACCAAAGGGACUCCACCCGUGGAUAUUCAUCGUCAGUCGACAGAUGUGCAUGGCAACAAGUGUAUGUCCGUUCCACACAUCCAAAAGUGGUGCAAGAGUUUAAUGCCGGUAUAAAUAAAGUUCGCGAUAAAGAACUUAGUGGACAACUGUCAGUCUUGGAGGCGGUUAUUGAGAUGGUUCAAUGUGAAUUGAUUCAAAACAGGAGGAUCGCCGUCCGGGAACUUGUUGCUCAGAUUCCUGGGAGAUGGUGUUCCUCCUAUUCCACAUCACGUUGGAUCAUUUGGAUAACCGCUUCCGUGACUGACAGUCGGCCCCUCCGUUCUUCAUCGUGGUCUUCUUAUUGA